AUGGCAAAUAAAAAUGAAAUAGCUCCAUCUGAAACUUCUGUACGUAUAUCCAUACCGUAUUUAGCAAAUGUUAUUGUUAGUUUACCUUUAAUUGGUAUGGUUGCAAGUUUUAUAGCAUCAGUGCUAUUUACGAAAGAACAAAUCUUUGAAUCUGAAUGUGGGUCUCGAAAUUUUAUUCCAUCAUUCUCAUCAGUUAUCGGUGUAUCGCCUGGAAAAUAUAUAUGGCGUAUGGCAAUUGCAUUUCAUUGCUUUCCUCGAUUUUUAAUUGCGUCCCUUUAUCAUAAUCAAUUCAAAACAAGUUUAUCAAAAGUAAAAUAUGAUUCUCGAUUAAAAUAUUUCAUAUUGAAACAAUUAAUAAGUUUAAAUACAUUUUUCGAAUUAUGUGAAGUAUUUGGCCUUAUAUUAUUAUCCUAUAUAUCGUCGAAAGAAAAUUAUAGUUUACAUGAAAAAGCUUUCAUUCUAUUUAUGUUAUCAUCAACAUUUCGCAUGAUAACAUGUUUAAUCUUAUUUCGACAUUUAUUAUUCAAAUUAUGGUUAAAUAAUGAUGUUGAUGACAAAAAUAAAAAGUUUCGUCUUCAAACAUCGUACCAAUGGAAAAUGCGUUUAUUUUGUUCAGCAUUUAUUUUUUCUCUUUUGCUAAUAUUUGCAUAUGUAAGACAUACAAGCAAGUGUUCCAAUAAUAUUGGACAACCAUCAACAGCUUGGAGUUAUUUUUCUGCUUGUGAAUAUAUUAUUUGUUGUCUCAUUAUGGGUUAUCAUGCAACAGUUUGUUGGGAUUUUAAUCAUUUUGAAUUAACGAUUUACAAUAAAACAACAGCAAAAUUAAAUUAUUCAUUCAUGAAAUCAGAAGGAGAGAUUGAAAAUGAGCAAAAAGAUAUUCAUUCAUCUAGAUGA